CGCAACGAUUGGAUUGUGCCAUUCUGGUGCGAAUUAUCGAAGCCCACACACGAAUUUCCAUUGUCGCAACCCGAAACACGAUUGCCGUCCCGCUUUUCUUUUCGCUCCUUUCUCAACAAAACCACCCGAGUUUCAACUUCCGAUCCCGAAUUGUACUUUCCGAGUCCGACCCACUUCUAUACGUUUCGCUCAUCUUCUUCCCUGCAAUUGUCGUUUUCGGGUCUUGGAUCUACUUUCUCGGAAGACCAGUCCGAUAUUUCGGAGUCGGAAAAUCUCGGCUUGUUGGAAAGCUUCAAUGGCUAUAAACUCAUGCCGUUUUCUUGCUCAAAACAGAGGUGUGCUAUGCAGCGCGUAUUAACAGCUUAUUGUGGAUUAUUCUCAGAAGCUUUUUGACAUUUCCCAAGAUAUGCAGCACAAGGAUAAUCAAGGUUCAGUUCCACCUCGUGCUUCUGAUCCUGGCUGGGCCCAUGGCAUUAUGGUGAAUGGAGGUCGUCAGAAGAUUAAGUGCAAAUACUGCCACAAAGUAAUGCUUGGGGGUGGAAUUUCCAGACUAAAACAGCAUCUGGCAGGGGAAAGGGGGAAUGUAGCUCCAUGCGAGGAAGUACCUGAAGAAGUUAAAAUGCAGAUUCAACACCACCUAGGUUUUAAAGUACUUGAGAAGCUUAAAAAGCAGAAAGGAUUAAACACUAGCAGGGAUUCCGCAUCCUACCAGUAUAGGGAAGAAGACAAUGAAGAUGGAAUGAGAACUCAAAAGAAAGUUUCCACACGAGGCACGCGAAGGAGAAAGGGAAAAGAGGCUACAGGAGGAAUUUCCAAUAAGAAACACAAAAAGCAUUCUUUUCCUGCUGCAACAGCUAAUAUCGCUCAGCCCUUGAAUCAGAGUUUUGCUUCUCAAGAUAUGAUAGAUCAAGCUGAUUUGGCUGUUGCAAGAUUUAUGUAUGAAUCUGGUAUACCAUUCACUGCUGCAAAUUCGCAUUUUUAUCAACAGAUGGCUGAUGCCAUUGCUGCUGUCGGUCCUGGCUAUAAGAUGCCUUCUUAUAAUGCUUUGAGGGGAAAAUUGUUGAACCACAGUGUUCAUGAUGCAGAAGAAUAUGGAGAGGAACUGAGAAGAUCUUGGGAUGUGACUGGGUGUUCAGUCAUGGUUGAUAAGUGGGUGGAUAAAGGUGGUCAUACAGUUAUCAACUUCUUUGUAUACUGCCCCAAGGGCACUGUGUUCCUCAAAUCUGCAGAUGCGUCAGACAUCUCAGAAUGUCCAGAAGCACUUCUUAAUUUAUUUGACGGUGUUGUUCAAGAAAUUGGGCCUCAGAAGAUUGUCAAUUUUGUGACAGAUGCUUCUCCCAGUUGUAAAGCUGCUAGAAAGCUUUUAAUGGAGAAAUAUAAGACCUUUUUCUGCAGUACCUGCGGAGCACAUGGUGUUGACUUAAUGCUUGAGGAAAUUGGGAAAAUGAAUGAAGUUAAAGAGGUCUUGGCAAAGGCAAAAAAAGUAACUCGAUUUGUAUACAACAGUGCUUGGAUGCUUAAUCUGGUAAGGAAGAAAACAGGUGGAAGAGAGAUUGUCCAGCUUGCAACCACAAGGUUUGCUUCCGUCUUCCUUACGCUGCAGAAUAUUGUAGCUCUGAAGCACCAGCUCCAACAAAUAUUUACCACUGCUGCUUGGAUGCAGUCAAAUUGCUCUAAGCAAAGGGCUGGACUAGAGGUAGCAGAGAUUGUUGCAGACCAACUUUUCUGGUCACUGUGUGAUCAAACUCUGAAGGUGACAAAGCACCUACUCUCGGUUUUUCAUCUUAUGGAUUGUGAGGAGAAACCAUCUAUUGGUUACUUAUACGAUGCAAUUGAAAAGGCAAAGAAAAGUGUAAUUGUGGCAUUUGACAAUAAUGAACCUGAUUACUUGCCAUAUUUGAAGGUUAUUGAUCACGUUUGGCAAGAGGAGCUCCAUAGCCCACUUCAUGCGGCUGCAUGCUAUCUCAACCCGUCUAUGUUUUAUAGCCCUAGCUUUUCUACUAACAAAGUCAUCCAGAAGGGAUUGCUUGACUGUAUCGAAACCAUAGAGCCUAACUUAACAGCUCAAGUUGUGAUUACAAGCAACAUAAAUUUCUAUGAGGAAGCUGUAGGGGAUUUUGGUCGACCCGUGGCUUUACGAUGUCGAGAAUCAUUGGCCCCAGCUACUUGGUGGUCCCUGUAUGGAGCUGAUUACCCUGAUCUCCAACGGUUAGCUGUCAGGAUACUAAGUCAAACUUGCAGCAUUAUCCGGUCUAAGAGGAGUGGGAGCAUAUUUGAACGUAUGUAUUCAAAGAAAGGGAACCGAUUGGAGCAACAGAGGUUGAACGACCUUGUAUUUGUUCAUCAUAACUUGCACCUUCAACAUAUGUGUUCUGAAGCAAGUAAAGGCGUUUAUACAAGAGGUACCCUGGAUCCUAUAUGUUUAGAAGCUAUGGAUUCCAACAUUGAAGAUUGGGUGGAAGACCUGGGAGAUACUGGCAGCGAUGAGUUAAGGUGGAUGGAUGUAACGGUCCCUGGUGAGUGGAAAGUUAUGAAUCAUAGAGUACAGAGUACCGACGAUUGUAAUGACAGUACAAAUGAUAGAGGUAGUGAUGAUGGGAGAGGUAUGGACAUAAAUGAUGAUUAAUUGUAUAGAAUAUCUCGAUGGUUGUAAUGACAAUGCGGAUUAGUCUGGUAGCUGGUGGUUUUAGUUUAUUUUCUUGUACUCUAGUAUGAAUUGCUGGAUAUAAGCGACGUUAAUAUGAAUUAGCUCAAUCGUUGAGUUUGAUUCAAUCAUUUGAAUGAUAAAGCAGUAAUAGUGUGUUUUGGAAUGGAGAACACUGCAUUGAAAGGUGUAUCCCAAACACUUAAGAACACUUAAAAUUUAAAAACAGGUUUAUGGGGGUUGGUUGUGAGUUGACUAUCAGUAUAGUCUGUUGGAUUAACCAUACUCAAAAAGUUCGUAUAGUUUUGAGUACAGCUUAGCUAGGUCACGAGCUUGAAUGAAGUUAAAUCUCUUUACUGUUAAUAUUCUUUAACUCUUAACGCUUAUAUUGGAACGAAAUAAUUGAAUAUUUAGGAUCACAAUUAACUGCAUAUUGUCUUCAUUACAUUCUUGUGUAUUUAACUGCAUAUUUAACAGGAACUGUUAAUACUCUUUUAACUCUAAAACUUGUAUCGGAACAAAAUUCUUGAAUAUUUAGGAUCCGUUUAAGGACAUAAUGUCUUCAUUACAUUCGUAAAAUUACAGGAUAUAUACUCAGUCAGAACAUUAAAUCUUGUGUACUCAUUACGAAUCUGUAUUUGGUGACCUUUAUCUCAUGGUGACUGCAACAGAAUAUAAUUCUGGGGUGAAAAAAGGAGGGAAAGGGGAGUUCUCACUUGGUACAAGACUUGAUGGAUCAACCUGGCUUACGAAUGUAAUGAAGGUCUCCAGCCUCUAGGCAGGAAGAGAGCAAAAUCUUCAUUUUAAAAAGCUUCCCUUUUCCGUCCUGCCAAACAACUCUUCGGUGGUAAGAGAUUAAAUUUUAAAAGGAAAUUUCAAUCUUCCUUGUUUGGUGUGCAUAUGCACUUUUUCUUCUUUGGAAGGAAAACACAGCUUAGAUUUUUACUGGUUAGAUUUGUUCUUCCAGUUUCACUCAAUUCUGGUACAUGUUUUGAUAACAUAAAACACCUGAAUGCUAAACAAAAAGUCAGCCCUAAACAGGAAGUCUUCUGGGGCUGAAAGUUACCGUUUUUGGUUUUAAAGUAAAAAGUAACUUCUCAGGCAAAAAUGUCGAUUCAAAGAUAAAACAUUAUUGCUGCUACUGAAAUUUUCCGCAGUUUAGCCAGGCUAAGUAGACUACCUUGGAUUUUCCUUGCUCUGUGAAUUAAAGCAGCGAGGCACUCCUACUUGCCAUGGCAGAAGUUAGCAUACAGUUAGUUUCAAUUUUCAUGUUUAUGGUCAUUGGUCUUCCAAGGACACAGAGAAAUUAACUUCCGCAGUUUACUGGAAAAAUUGAUGGCCAUUGACUGGAUAAACGGAAAACUAUAAUGGUCGAGGAUGGGAGAGGACUACAUCUUGGAGGGGCCUGUCUCUCUACACAUGGCAGCUUUGAACUCAUCAAAGGUAACUUUUCCAUCACUGUUUGCAUCCAUUGGAUCAAAUAUUUCAUUCAAUUUACAAGGUUCGGUGAUAUCAGCUGGAAGGCAGUCAUCUGGCAAAAGCCUAUUCAAUGUAGUUUUAUUUAGUCAUAAUCUCAUUUGAAAACAACCAAACAAUUAGGAUAAACCAUGUGAGAUUUAAGGUGAUAGGGGAAGAUACAUUACCCUGAGCAUAGAUGCUAGUUCUUCUUUGCUGAUGCAUCCAGACCGAUCCGUAUCAUUCAUAUGGAUGUGAAACAAAAUAGUGGGACAAAUAGAAUAGGGAUAAUGACAGUGAAUUAGGCAGAGCAGUAGAGAAGACAUUAUGGAUGGUAAAAGCUAUAUGACGUUCAAUUAGUAGUAGUUUCUUUAAUUUAGUGAGCAAGGUUUGAUUUUCUCAGGAAACUUUAUAGUCCAAAUUAGUUUUGUUAGACUCUUGGAGUGAGUUUUUGUUAUUUACUUGAACUAACUGAAAAUACAGGAGACUGCACCUGGAAGCACAGGCGGAGAGCAUCGUCUCCUUGUCAGUUCUUGAGACUAGAGAAUCCAGACAGUAUCUCUCACAUGUCAAUGGUGCCAUCGUGAUUUUUGUCGAAUAGGUCAAAGAUUCUGGGUGUUUUGAGGUAUUAGAGACGACAUUUUCAUUGCUUUCAGCACCUCCUCAAAUUCUGAAAAAGUAGCAUUGUCACCUUUUACGCAUUUGCACAUUGCCAAAUUGGAAUUUAUAAAACAUUGGAUUACCAGAUAACUUAGCAAAGGGCUCUUGCCAGUGUAAUUUUAUGAUUGCUUAAACAGAAUAAGUUUGUCAUUAAACUGAAAUACGUAGCCAUGUGAUACAUAUAACUGCUAUAUAUGCAAGUUUUUACCAGAAACUGGAUGCUAAGUACUGAUGAUUCUCUCUGUCUGACCUACAUUUUUACACCACAUUCACAGAUAAUUAGUUGUGCAAUACUUGACUAGUCUCAUUUUCUUAAAAUGUAAACUCAGAUUCUUGUUUUCGUCUGGUUUAAGGUCAUGGGAUCCUAGCAAUGAUUUUAGCUUCUUUGUUCUUAAGAACAUCGAGCUUGUCCACAUGUUUUCUAUUGCUGCAGCACAGAGUUUGUGCCGUGCAUUAAACCUCUGUAGUCGUGAUACCAUCUCAGUAUCCAUUUGAUCCUCUCUGGUUGAAGGACCGACAGCCCAUGGAUGGUUCUAAGUUAGUUAGGCUAACAAAUCUAGAAGACUGCAUUUUGGUGCUACCAAGAACUACUCUAUAAGAGUUCAUUUAGUUAGCUCAGACUGAUAUCAACGUUUUGUCGAUAUUAUUGAUGCUUGAUCUCUUCUCUUGCUACAAUUACAAGCCUACCUCUUGAGCACUAGGUCUCUUGUCAUGGUCGACUUUGAGGAGGUCUGAAAUCAACUGCUUUGCUGACAAAGAAAUGCCCUUCCAGGUUUUCUCAUAGAAACUGAACUCUCCCUGCAGGACAAGCAUUUUCUCGUUAUUUGAACAGAACCUUGGACAAAAGAAAAUCAUUUUAAUUUCUGUGUUCUAGUAGAAUGUCAAUGCUAAUUACUUACAGGCAUAAUCAUCUGUUGCUUUUGCUGAUUCGACUGGGAAAUAAAAGAAAAUGAAGAAAAAAAUAUGAACACACGGAGCCCACAUGUCAUUCUUAGAAGUGACCAGUCCCUGAGAAAGAGCCUCUGGUGACAGUCUAUGGAACCAAACAGUCCCACAACAGGGUCAGUGAACUCAUCCACAGAACUCAGCCCAAAAUCCAUAAUCUUCAGCGGAGAAUUGUUGGUGGUGUUCAAGAAGAGGCACAUUCCGGCUUCAACUCCCGGUGAACAGUAUUCAAGCUGUGAAGAGCUGCCAAGCCUAGUGCAAUCUGCCUCACCACAGCUGCAGCUCCAGCCUCACAAUACCUUUCUUGCUUCACAAUCCUAUUCCUAUCAAACAGUUCCUCCUGAACAGAGCUCCAGCACAAAGUGGACCCCAUUCUCAUCCUCGUACACAUCGGGCAAGUCAAUCACAUUCGGGUGUGGCGACACAUUCUCAACAAUCUUCCUCAUCAUCAUGAUUUCAUUAGUGAGCAGCACAUUUGACAUGGACACCUGCUUCCGUGUUUGGAAAGCGGCAGCAGCAAAGCUUUUCUGGUCAUUGCCCCGGGUGUGGAGCGGCAGAGAAGGAAGGUUUGUGGGUGCAAACAGCCUUUUGAGUGUUUUGGUUGCCACAUUGUUCUUGUCACUGCUACUGCCUGACUUUCUGCUGAUGACUUUCCUGACCACAGAAUCCUCCUCUGCCUAAAAUCUCUGAUAUUUUUCAUGCUUAUCUGCAUUUCUUCUUGUUUCUUGUCCAAUGAUUAGGACAACGAUUACGAUGAUGACCAAGACAAACCAACCUUUGAUGAGAUGGGACUGGCAAAGCAAAGACCCAACCAAGAGGGAUUAAUAGAAUUAUAUGGCUGAAUUACUUCUUAUUAUUCACAA